AUUCUAUCCUUUUGAAAUGACGAAGUUCUGCCGGGCACGCUCAUUUUCUCGGAAACUGUGCUGGUGACGCUAGCACAAUGACUUGACACUGUGAUACCUGCUGUAGUUCUAUAGUGAACCUAUAUAAAAACGGAGACUGCUACACAAUGGCUCAUAGAUGCUUUCUUCCUUUUGUGCUUCUGCUAGUCGCAUGCUCGUUCAGCAUGGCCGCCGGGCAGGAUACAAGCGAUAACAAAUUGUUAUGCAUGGCAGAAAUGGUUUCAAACAUCGAGAAUAGUUGCUCGAGGCCAGAUAUAUCUGGUUAUUAUGUGGCGCUGGAGAGCUUGCUUAAGGACUACCUGAAGAAGUGUUUCCAUACCAACUUCACUUCUAACCGGGCACUCCAUACCAUGCUUCCAGACUUAGGCACCGACGUUACCAGUUAUCUUAAGUCGCUGUCGGAUAGCUUCAAAGACCUGGAGGGUAUUGAGGUUGGCCCCACGUUUAUACCUGCCGCCCAAAUAAACUCGGAGAUUGAGUUCGAGCUGGAGCACAACCUGACCAACAGUCACGAUGGUUGGAUUCUCGACCCUAUGGGCAUCGGCUCCAUAUUCAACUAUGAUGGGUUCCAGGAUCUCACAGAAGUGGUCAGGGACCCUUUGGUCGUGAACAAUGUCUCCACUGACGUGAUACACUGGGCCGGUGUGCACCCAUACUUCCAAAACACAUCUGUAUAUUACGACAGCACACAGCGCAAGUUUGUCGUCGUGGUCUUACCGCUCGAUGGCAACAUCAAGCUGCUGUACUACAGACGCGAUGUCUUUGACAGCUACAAGUUAUCGGUCCCCCGCACAUGGGAGGAGGUUGUGGAUGUCGCCACCAAACUCCAAUCCUUAAAGCUGGACCUCAACGAUGACGGCCUCGCAGACUACGGCUUUUGCUUUGACCGGCGCACGGACUGCCAUCAGGGUUACUUUGACCUCAUGUCAAUCCUGGCGCCGUACCUGCAGUACAACGGCAGCAGCCAGGGUGUGGUGUUCGACCCCAACACCAUCCGCCUAACGGAUAAGAACCCAGCACUGGUGGACAACCCCGCCAUGACCCGCGCGCUUCAGUUAUACUCGCAACUGAUUGCGCUGUCGCCGGCCGACACCAACGUCACGGACACCUGCGAUGUAUCCGGCGCGGCACCCGCGGAUGCGGGCGUUUCCAUGGCCGCGCGUUUUGCAAACGGGUCGUGUCUCAUGGGCGUGGGCCUGGGCAGCUUCUUCAAGGCCUUCAACGCCUCCGCCUACCGCGGCCAACUGGGUGUGGCGCUCAUGCCCGGCUCCUUCGAGGUCCUCAACCGCACCUCCAACCAGCUCGUCAACUGCACUGCGGAGCUCUGCCCCUUCGCCACGCAUGUGCCAGCCACCAACCCAGCUGUUACUACCAGCACCCUCACGGACUCCACUGCUGAUGCUGCGGCUCCUGCCGCCGCGAAUGUUAGUAGCAGUAGUGCUUCUGGGAACGGCAGCGUCCUGGCUGCGUCCCCCUCGCCGCCUCAGCUACCGCCGCCGCCGCCGCCCGUGGCGACUCGGUGGCUGAACCGAGCGCCCUUUGCGGCGGGCGGUGGCUGGGUGGCAGCGGUGAGCGCGCGCACGCCCAGCGACUACAGGAAUUUAUCCAUUGACUUUUUCGCGCAGUUGUCCAGUCCAGAGGAGUCCUGGAGCCGCAUGCUGAUGGCUGGCAGCCCCUUCGACCCCUACCGUCUGGAGCACUUCUCCAACCUGAGCCGCUGGGUGGAGGCGGGCUACCUGGAGAACGACACCACCGCCUACCUGGGCCGAGCCAACGAAUCCUUCAACCACCCCAACAUCGUGCUGGACCUGCGCACGCCCAGCACCAAGACGUUUAGGGACAUCUACGAGAGCGGCUUGGCCAACCUGACCUCCGGCAGCAGCGUGGACAGCGUGGUGGCGCUCAUGAACGCCAGCUUUGCCAAGCUGCUGCUGGACCCGCAGCAGAAGGCGCUGCGCACGCUGCUGGCGGACACCUACCUGGCAACCAUCAACUACAACAACAUCCAGUUCCUCAACGGCACGUCCUCGACGGACUCCAAGGGCGGCGAGGGCUCCCCCAGCUGGCUGCCCAUCGCCAUCGUGCUACCCACCGUGGGCGCGCUGCUGCUGAUCGCGGCCGGGGUGGUGUACGAGGUGCGCAACACGCGCAAGCACAAGAACCUGUUCGGCAAGGUGGUGCCGCCGGGCGUGGGGCCGGACACCACCAUCCUAGUCAGCGAGAUCCAGGAUUUCGCCCAGCUGGCCAAGUCGCUGCCCGCCGAGGUGGUGGACCGGCUGCUGAAGGAUCACCACGACUGCCUGCGCCGCCUGCUGCUGCGCCACAGCGGCUACGAGGGCAGCUGCGAGGCGGACAGCUUCGUGCUGGCCUUCCACUCGCCCAAGGAUGCGCUGCUGUUUGCCAUGGAGGCGCAGGCGGCGCUGCUGCAGGUGGUGUGGCCGGCGGAUGUGCUGGCGCUGCCCGCCUGCGCGCCGCUCUACGUGCAGGGCAUCAUGUCCACCGCCAAGCCCAAGGCCCUGGACGACAUCCUAGACGUGGGGGACGAGCCCAUCGCGCCCGCCUCCGCCUCCAAGAUGAAGGGCUUCUCGCCCGCCGGCCUGCGCUCGCACGACCACUCGCGCGCCAACCACUUUGGCUCCAGCGGCGCCACGCUGCCCUCGCUGGUCAACGUGCCUGCCACCGAAACCUACACCUUCUCCAACGCGUGCCGCCGGGCGUGGAAGGAGGCCAGCAAGGACGACCCGAACAAGGUGCUCAUCUUCCGCGGCCCCCGCCUGCGCAUGGGCCUUCACGCCGGCGUGCACAGCGAGCACGACAUCUCGCACUCCAAGGCGGACGGCCGCACCACCUACAGCGGCGACACCGUGGUCAUGGCGCGCGCGGUGGCGCAGGCGGCGCAGGGCGGCACCGUGCUGCUCAGCGAGGAAACCUACAAGAAGCUGCCGCUGGAGCGGCUCUGGGACAAGUACCUGGUGCUGCACAUGGGCGAGCACCGGCUGCGUGACACGCUGCCCAACCUGAACCUCUACCACGCGCUCAACCGCACGCUGGAGGGCCGGCUGGCCUAUGUGGGACCCAUCAGCUCGCUGCUGCAGGUGGACCCCGGUGUGUUGGACGCGCCGGUGGGCUGCGUGACGGUGGCGUUCAUGUACGUGGUGGGCGCGCAGACGCUGCUCAGCUGGAACGCCGACGUGGCGCAGCAGGCCAUCAAGAUAUUCCACACCGUCGUGGGAGACGAGCUCAAGCGGCGCAAGGGAUACCUGGUUGAGGCGGUGGACGGGCUCUUCCUGGCCGCCUUCCAGCGCCCCUCGGACGCCAUCCUGUGGGCCCUCGAGUGCAACGAAGCCAUGAUCAAGCAGGACUGGCCCGAGGACCUGCUGGCUCACGAGCUGUGCGAGGAGCUGGUCAUCUCGGCGCCCACCAAGGAGGGAGAGGUCAUCAACACAGUGGUGUUCAGGGGUCUCCGCCUGAAGACCGGUGUGGACACGGGUCAGGUGCUGGGAGAGGUGCACGCCAUGACGGGCCGCAUGACCUACCGCGGCAAGGUCAUGAACCGCGCGGCCCGCAUCGCCUCCACCGCCUCCACCGGCCAGGUGCUGUGCAGCAGCGACAGCUGGCAGCUGGCCAUGACGGCGGACGCGCAGGUGAUGCUGAGCAACAAGGUCUCCGGAACCAGCCUGGGGCAGUUCCGCCUAAAGGGUGUGGCGGAGAAGAUCGAGAUCCACCACUGCCGCAAGGUGUCGAACGUGGCCCCCGCGCGCCGUGCCUCCUCGCUGGUCAUGUCCAUGGCGGACCACUGGAAGUGGGAGCAGCACCUGAGCGCGCAUGCGGGAGGAGGAGGUGGUGUGGGCGGCGGCGUGGGAGGCGUGGGCGGCGGCGCGGUGGGGCCGGAGGACAUCCUGCUGGGCGGGGACUCGCUGCGGGGGGCCAUGCUGUCGCCCAGGUCCUUCACGCGCCCCGGCAGCUUCCGGCAGCGCAAGAACUCCGACACGCAACUGGACGCAGCCAACGCGGCCCAUCUGGGCAUCGAGUUGGCGCCGGAUGAGGUGUGAUGGCAAGAGGAGGGCAAUGGCGAUUGCCAGGUGCCUGGAACGCGAUCCGCAGGGUGGGGAAGAGGCGCAAAGAGGGCGCUAUGUUUGCUGCUUGCAACCCGGUGAGGCGCGCCGGGUGUUCUCGGUGCUUGGUAGCAAUUGGCGUGUAUAUGUAUUAUGUAGGUGUUUGUGAUCCCAUCGCCGAUAGUUGUGGAUUUAAAGCUGUAGGGUCCGGGACGGCCCUAUUCCAGGAGGGAUAUGGUGGUGCUGAGCCACGCGCCGCGUAGGCGCGGGGGAGCAAGGUAGUACAUGAAACCUGUGAUUCCUCGUUUGUCUUCUAGGCGGCGGGCGCUGAUUAACGUAUAUUAUGGACAACAAGCGGGUGCUGCCCAGUCAUGCCAAAACUCUGUGUGAUCUCUGUGGGGUAAAUGCGCGUUGCAUGUGUGCGUAUGUAUUAUCACUAUGCCUUAUAGCAAUGCUGAGGGACCUGCGGCUUUUACUUCCAUGUCCUGCCUGCCUCUGCAAAUAUAGCCGUAACUAUCCGAGUAUGGGUGAUGCGUGGUAUAGGAUGGCUUGGGUACUUGAGCUCCAUACUCUGUCCGAGCCGCAUCGCACAAGAGCCUAACAAUUGGCACAAAUUGUAAAAUGAAUUAACUAUGUAGGACUGAUCCUUCCGACACGGUUAGCCUCCGUGCGAAAUCAAUGCGUUUUCCGUACUGGAUUCCUAGCCAAAGAUUGUCCUGGCAGAGCGGUCCAUGAAUGAUGUGUUUUCGGCCUAUGUAUUCUGUUUAACUGAGCCAUUCCUGUCAUCUGGGUAGACGAAAUCCGCGGUGUUGUCUGUUGGCUUUGCACUGGCUCAUUUGGCGGGCGACGGGGCGACGCAAAUAGCUUAAAGCAAGGAAGCGCGCAUAGCGCUCCAUAUUGCUACAGAGCUCGAUCGAUUUAAUCCAUCGGCUGGAACUUGUUGCUAACCAGAAAGCCCUACAACAGUGCUCCGGCCCGGCAUAGGCUCCCAGGCAACACGCCCUAUUGGUAUCGUUGCUAAUAGACCAGCGCAGGCAAUCGCGCCUAUGCACAAGCCGUUGUCACAGCGCGCCUCGACCAGCAGCGGGCAUGUGCGGAUGCGUGGAAGCCCGACUCCGCAGCUAAAUCAACAGGCGCAUCUGUGUCAGAAGCGCUUUUUAACCACUACCCCUCGUCGGGGAGGACGUUGCGCUCGUCUGAUCAAUGUAAAAGCGGGUGCAGCAGCAGCAGCAUCCUCUUUGGUUGCAUUAGCAAUCGGCGCCCGGCGCGCUAGGCUUGUACAGCUGUUGACGUCGGCAACCGCACCUUCCUCGGGCCUCCAGUCUGCUCCCACCAACCGCUGGAGCAGGCGUGUGGCUGUAGCUGCCAUCAAUGCCUCCAGCACUACUGCGCAGGGCAGCGGGCUGGAGCAGGAAUGGGACCAGGAGAUUGAUGAGCUCAUGCGGCUGCUCUCCCUGCUGCCCCCCGCCGUACGCUCCUCCCUGGAGCAGCACCCUGCCGUACUGGAGCUGCUGGAGGUGGUGCUGGACCUGGGCAGGCCGCCGCUGGCAAGGUUCCCCGAAGGAGACGUGAAGCUGUCCUCGCAGCCCAUCAGCGCGGAGGACAUCGCCUUCGCCGUGGGGCAGGUGGGUGACUUUGGCGGCGACAACCGCGCGGGUCUUGAUCGCACGCUGCACCGCAUCUCCUGCCUGCGCAACCGCAGCGGCCGCAUCAUCGGACUCACCUGCCGCGUGGGUCGGGCGGUGCGAGGCAGCGCAGCCAUGGUGCGCGACCUGGCGCUGUCGGGCGCCUCCAUCCUGCUGCUGGGCCGCCCCGGAGUGGGCAAGACCACCGCCAUCCGUGAGGUGUCGCGGCUGCUGGCGGACGAGGCAGCCAAGCGGGUGGUCAUCGUGGACACCUCCAACGAGAUCGGCGGCGACGGGGACGUGCCGCACGGCGGCAUCGGGCGCGCGCGGCGCAUGCAGGUGGCCCGACCGGAGGCGCAGCACUGCGUGAUGAUCGAGGCGGUGGAGAACCACAUGCCGCAGGUGAUCGUGAUCGACGAGAUCGGCACCUCGGAGGAGUGCUCCGCCGCUCGCACCAUCGCACAGCGCGGCGUGCAGCUGGUGGCCACUGCGCACGGCAACGCGCUGGAGAACGUGAUCAAGAACCCGCAGCUGGCGGACUUGGUGGGCGGCAUCCAGUCGGUGACGCUGGGCGAUGAGGAGGCGAAACGUCGCGGCGUGCAGAAGAGCAUUCUGGAGCGAGCGGCGCCGCCCACGUUUGACGUGUGCAUUGAGAUGCUGGAGCGGGCCAAGUGGCGGGUGCACCUGGAUGUGGCGCAGGCGGUGGAUGUGGUGCUGGCUGGCGGCGACGCGGGCGGUCAGGUGCGCGAGCGGGCGGCUGACGGCACGCUGCUCAAGUACAACUACAGCCCCGCCGUCAGCGGCGUCAUCCGGGGAGGAGCCGGGCGGGGCGGGGCGGCUGCUGGCGGCGGCGAGGGCGGCGUCAGCAGCGGCGGCAGCAGCAACAGCAGCCUCGGGUCAACGCAGACGGCAGGAGCAGGCAGCAGCAACUCCUUUAUCCGCAGCCCCGCAGCCUCCCUGCUCUCCUCCUUGGACGAGCAGACCGCGAGGGGCGGCACAGGUGCUGCGGACGGCAGUAUGGAGGGGGGGGAGGGAGACUUUGGCGUGGGCAAGCGCUUGCGGCGGCUGAUCUCGCGGCAGGCCAUGGCGGGUGUGAGCGGCGAGGAUGCGAUGCUGCGGUUGUUUCCGUACGAGCUGGACGAGGAUGUGUUGUGGGAGGUGAUGAGCGAGAUGCGGCUGACGAGCAAGGUAUUCAUCACUGCCAGCCUGGCUGCCGCUGAUGCGGUGCUGGCGUUACGAGCCAAGGUGAAGCACAACGCGGAGCUGCGGGCGCAGGCGAGGGAGGCGGGAGUGCCCAUCUACGCGGUCAAGACGCCCGGCUCCUCCAACCUGGUCAAGGCAUUCAGGACGCUCCUGGGCAUCGACCCCUCCGCGGGGGGCGCCUUCGGACCCCCCUCCCUCGAAUCCUCCUCCUCCUCCUCCUCCCCAUACGACUCACCUCCUACCGCCUCCUCCUCGCACCGGCAAGGCUCUUCCUCACCCUCCUCCUCCACCUCGCCUCUGUCGUCUCCCGCUGCCUCACUAGAUGGCGAGCAGAGCGAGGGUAACCCUGAAGACACAGACAGCAGCAGCACUGGCAGCAGCAAGCUAGGCAGCACCAGCAGCACCAACAGCAGCAGCAGCGGUUCCACUCGGGUCCGGUGUGAGGCGGAGGCGCUGCGUGAGGCCCAAGAGGCGGUCACGGAGAUUGUCGUACCGCUGGGGCAGGCGGUGGAGCUGAUGUCCAGGACGGAGAGCGUGCGGGGGGCGCAGAUACGGCUCUUAGAGCGUUACCGAUUGCCGUACGAGGUGGUCGGCACGGGCACCGAGACACGUCUGCGCAUCCUGCCCCGACCCGCGGCAGUCCCAACAACAACAGCAGCUGCAGCUGCGGCGGGAACAUCUACUGGUUCGUCGGAGGUGACGGCCUCGGGGGCAGCAGCGGAUGCCGGCACUGCCUCUGAAGCUGCGUCAGCUCUUGAGGGUGCUUCAGAUGCGAUGGUUGCUGGCAGUGACAGCGAUGGUUAUGUACCGAUAGGGGAAACGGAUCCCCCGUCAAGGCUGCAACCAACGGCAGCGUGGCCGCAGCCGUCAAUAGCAGCGCAGGGUCUUGACUCAUGAGGCGUGGAAGUUCGGGUCGCGCGGUGGCGUGAGGGCUGCUUGGUUUGGGCGCCGCAGAGGAAUGAAGAGGGAAGUGUGGAGGGAAUUGGAGGUGAGAGGGCAGAAAUUGAGGAGGGAAAGAGAUGAGAGGUGGAGAGGAGGGAGAAAAGCAGAAAAUUUGUUUCAGGAAGCCGGGACUGGCUGGAGUGCGCCUUGCAGCAUGGGAGGGUGAACGCUGGCAAAGCUGAUUGGGUGCGGCUCUGGUGUAGCUUCACGGAAAGGGAGCGGCAUUGGCGUUUCUCUAUAGAAGGCCCCAUGCUUUGGGGCGGUAAGGGUGGAGUCCGGCGUUCAUGGACGACAUGGUGAGCAGGGGCGGAGUUGCGACUGAAUGGUUGAGCUUCUGGGCAAGUAUUCCCGUAGGGCCUUGGGGUCUUAGUUUGCAGCGCACGCAUGGUCGGGUGAGCCACUACUCGCAAAGCCUCCAUAUGGCGCCUUGGUAAGGACGAACAAUGGCAAAGUCUGCCCUGCAUAUACAUAGGAUUGGCCCUGCUCAUCUACUGUACACCUACGGUGGUAAAAGGAUUUGCUAAGUUAUCCCCGUAGCUCGAUUCGAAGAAAACGUAUACGAAGUAUGCGGUUUCGGAGGAGCGAAGCGAAGGGAUGCAUACCCCGUUCCCGUCACGCUCAACGGGAUCCUUUCAGCGCUCUUGUUCACGGCUCGGCCUUCACUUUGAAC